AUGAACAGGCUCAUAAUCCCACGAACAAGUCGGCCCCGCUGGCUCAACGCACAACAAUGUCGAGGGCUGGGUCGCCGGCCCCUCUCGACGAAUGUCACGAUUCCUCUCAUCAUCAACGGCAAAGAUGUUGAGACCACCGAAACUUUCCCGGUCACGAGUCCGCUGACUGGCAAGGAGGUCUGGUCUCUUUCAUGUGCGACCAAGGAGCAUGUGGAAAAUGCUGUUCAAAAUGCGCACGACACCUUUCCGGCCUGGUCGCGAACGAAAGCGUCAGAGAGACGUGACAUCUUCCUUGCGGCGGCUGAUAUCAUGAAUAAGCGACGCGAAGAGCUCGGCGAUUACAUGCACCAUGAAAUUGGCGCGAAUCAGGACUAUCAAGACUUCAUCCUGGGUCUGUCGAUCGACGGACUCAAAGACACCGCUGGCAGAAUCGCUGGCGCGGUUCAGGGAUCGAUUCCCGAGUCGAAUCAUAAAGGGAUGAAGGCCAUGGUCCUGAAGCGGCCCUAUGGAGUCAACUUGGGCAUUGCUCCAUGGAACGCCCCUUACCAUCUUGGAUUGCGUUCGGUCACUUUUGCGUUGGCAACUGGCAAUACCGCCAUUCUCAAAGGCGCUGAAUUCACGCCACGAUGCUACUGGGGUAUUGCGGACGUCUUUCGACAGGCCGGGCUCCCUGACGGUUGCUUGAAUCUGAUAUUCCACUCCCCUGCCGCUGCGCCCACAAUCAUCGACAGCCUCGUUGCUCAUCCUCAUGUCAAAAAGGUCAAUUUCACUGGCAGUACACGGGUCGGCAGCAUCAUCGCGGCUACAGCGGGCAAACACCUCAAGCCGGUGCUCAUGGAACUCGGCGGUAAGGCGAGCGCUAUCGUCUUGGAAGAUGCCGACCUGGAAAAGGCUGCUCUGCACUGCGCGCUGGGCGCUUUCAUGAAUGCUGGCCAAAUCUGCAUGUCGACGGAGCGCAUUCUGGUGCAUGAAUCGAUCGCUGCCCAGUUCCAAAAGGUCCUCAGCGAGACAGUACAGCGGGUAUUUGGAUCUGCAGAAACAACACCCGUACUAGUAACUGCUGCUUCAGCACAACGGAACCGUAAGCUCGUCUCGGACGCCACGAGUAAGGGUGCGAAGCCUCUGCCUCUCUUGGAGGGGCUCAGUGAAGGCGAGGUAGAGACGAGAAUGAAGCCUGUUGUUCUGACGGGCGUUGACACGAACAUGGACCUCUAUCAGAAUGAGUCCUUCGGCCCUAGCGUAUCUCUGUUCACGUUCAAGACAGAGUCAGAAGCGGUCGAACUGGCAAACAACACCGAGUAUGGCCUUUCGGCGGCCGUAUUCACGGAGAAUCUGGGUGCAGGAUUCCGCGUUGCCGACGGACUGGAGUCGGGAGCAGUGCACAUCAACUCCAUGACGGUCCAUGAUGAGUACCCCCUUCCGCAUGGAGGCGUGAAGAAGAGCGGAUUCGGUCGCUUCAACGGAUACCAGGGACUGGAUGAAUUCCUGUACUACAAGACAGUCACCUGGAUGGAGUGA